AACCCGGCCCCGGCCCUAGUUCCGGGCUGGAGCCGCCGACGCGGAGGGGACGGGUUCCUCUUAAAAGAGAAACGGCGGCGGCGCGCGCGAGGUGGGCCCCUGUCCUCCUGCCGUUCUCCGGGCCCGCGCACGAGGCGGGGGAAGGCGCAGGCGCAGUCGGGUUGAGGGCGGGUGGGGGCACGCAGGCCCUGGUGCCCAUGGCUGCCUCCCCGGCGGACGCAUCUCGCACGCGGCGGGAGAAGCGGCGGCAGCUGGACGCGCGGCGCAGCAAGUGCCGCAUCCGCCUGGGCGGCCACAUGGAGCAGUGGUGCCUCCUCAAAGAGCAGCUGGGCUUCUCCCUGCAUUCCCAGCUCGCCAAGUUCCUGCUGGACCGGUACACUUCUUCAGUCUGUGUGCUCUGUGCAGGUCCCGAGCCUUUGCCCCCAAAGGGUUUGCAGUAUCUGGUGCUCCUGUCUCAUGCCCACAGCCGAGAGUGCAGCCUGGUGCCUGGACUGCGCGGGCCUGGGGGCCGAGAUGGGGGGCUUGUGUGGGAGUGCUCAGCAGGCCACACCUUCUCCUGGGGCCCCUCUUCAGGCCCCACACAUCCAGAGGAGCCCAAGCCGGUCCUCCUUCCAAGUACUGCCCCAAGAAGCUGGUGCCCCGAGGCCAGGGGCAGGCAGGAGCCUGCAGGUCUGGAAUCUGAACAUGAUGAGAGGACUCAGGAGGCCAGGUUGCCCCGGGGGGUGGGACCCCCACCAGAGACCUUCCUGCCCCCAGGAGAAGAAGAGGGAAAGGAGGAAGAUGAAGAUGAAGAGGAGAUGCUCAGCGAUGCCAGCCCAUGGACCUACAGCUCCUCCCCAGAUGACAGUGAGCCAGAUGCCCCCAGACCACCCCCUUCCCUUGUCACCCAUGAACUUAAGGAGGGGGAAACAUCCCCGGCCCCUGCAGCUCCCCCAGUUCCUUUUGUUGCACCAUCCUCGUCAGCAUCCUCAUUGGGUUAUGGAGCUCCUCUGCCUGCAGAAGUCGGGGUACAGCUGGAGCUCAGCAGGACCCCUCAAGCGGCCCAGCAGACUCAGCCCCUGGCCAGCCCUGGGAGUCAGGCCCAGUCUGCUCUGGCCUCCACCUGGGAUGAGGACACUGUACAGAUCGGCCCCAAGAGAAUUAGGAAAGCUGCCAAAAGAGAGCUGCUGCCAUGUGACUUCCCUGGCUGUGGAAGGAUCUUCUCCAAUCGGCAGUAUUUGAAUCACCACAAGAAGUACCAGCACAUCCACCAAAAGUCCUUCUCCUGCCCAGAGCCAGCUUGUGGGAAGUCCUUCAACUUUAAGAAACACCUGAAGGAGCACGUGAAGCUGCACAGUGAUACUCGGGACUACAUCUGUGAGUUCUGCGCCCGAUCUUUCCGCACCAGCAGCAACCUCAUCAUCCACCGGCGCAUCCACACUGGAGAGAAACCCCUGCAGUGUGAGAUCUGCGGGUUCACCUGCCGCCAGAAGGCCUCCCUGAACUGGCACCGGCGCAAGCAUGCAGAGACAGCAGCUACUCUGCGCUUCCCCUGUGAGUUCUGUGGCAAGUGCUUUGAGAAGCCAGACAGUGUCGCAGCUCACUGCAGCAAAAGCCACCCGGCCCUGCACCCCGCCCCACAAGAGUCACCUGGCCUACUGGAGCCCUGUCCUAGCAUCUCUGCCCCUGCACCCCUGGGGUCUGGUGAUGGGUCCAGGCUCUCUCCGGUUCCUCAGGCUCCAACCCUGCUCCCUCAGCAGUGAGCAUUCUCUAGGCUUUGGGAGCCAGACCUCAGGGACUGAAAAGGAGCAAGGAGAGAAAGAGCCAGAUGCCUGGUCCCUAGAAACUAGUGUUAUGGAGAGUGCAGGGUGGGAGCAAGACUGGGCUCUAGGGCAGCCAGGCUACUUUAGUCUAGGAUUCCUAAAGGACAGAAUAAACCCAGUAUUUUACACAG